GAUGUCCGGUUCGCAAGGUAGUGAUCAAGAGUUCGAGGUUGAUAGGAUAUUGGACCAUCGUAAACAGGGGGCCAAGUCUGAGUACCUGAUUCGUUGGAAGGAUUUCGGACCUGAGGACGACUCCUGGGAACCAGUCCAAAACCUAACACACUGUCGAGACCUUGUGGAGCACUACAACAGAGUAUAUCUUUCACCUGUUACACCUGGCUCCAGCACUUCUUCCUUGUCAAGACUCGGGUCAUUGUCCAAAAUGCCUGCUAAAGUCAGCUCACGAUCAAGAAGCAGAUCCUCGUCACGGUCUCGUUCCAAAAAAUCAUCCUCAUCACCAUCCCGCUCUCCCAGCAGAAAAUCCUCUCGAACAAGCACAGUGACGAAAGAGGUGGUAACGAAAAGAUCAGGGAGGUCUCCCAACCGAUCUGUCCGAUCCUCUGCGUCGUCACAGCUGACCCGAUCUCCGGUAAAGGAGGCCUCAUUCUCACAGCGGUCUGCCACUAAAGUGGUUGAAGAAACAACCACAGGGCGCCAAAGUGCAGUGCUAGAACAGCGUCAAGUACAUGUGCAGCACUCAUGGACAAGCACCAGUGCUGGUAUAGCUGAGAUCAGGGGGCGUCGCCAAGUCAGGGCCAGCGAGAUGUCAGACUCUGAUGAGGAGGUGGAUACUAAGCGCAAGGUAAAGGAUGAAGUUGAUGCUGCUGACACACAAUCCUGGUUUGGACAGAAACGACGAGAGAUGCUGGAGAGUCUGCAGAGCCGAUCUUCCUCCUCUCAACAUAAAGUACAAUCGCUGUCAGAGCCCCGGGCCAUAAAGGAGACGUCAGGCUGGAGCUUCACCACCUACCGCCCGAUGGCCAAGUUUGGCGUCCACCGAUCAGAUAUCCCCAUUGUCGUCUUUGUGGCCUGUCUAGUUGUCAUCGGGAUCACAUUUCUCAUUGAGGAAUACUUUUAGCUCACUCCAGCCUCAGGGACUUCCCCUCUCUACAGUUGAAGGCAGCAGCUCUGGACACAUGAAUCAUGAUCAUUUCAAAUGGCUUUUAACGUAUCAAUCACUUUAGGCUCAUAAUGCUUCACACACGUCUGCAAUAUUCUGCUUCAUUUUUAAUAAAUUACUCAAUACUUAAGAAAUUGGUAUUUACCCCAGACGGGUUGCUGGACUAGUUUUGGCUUAUUUGAUCUCCUUUUUUUCUCUGAUCAGCAUAUUUGAGAACUUUUUUUUUUCUUUUUUUUUUGAAUACAGAUCUGUAUAGUGAUGUGGGAUAGGUUUAGCUAAGCGUAUUGUAGAAAAACUGGGUUACACCAGCAAAGAUGUGAGUAGCAUUCAAAGUGUUUGUUUAUAAUCAUUUUAGAUUAUUUUUCCUAAUUUUUGUUAUAGAGAAUAUUUACGCAAUCUUGUGUGGUGCAUGUCAGAUUUUUAACGAAAUCCUGAAGAUUUGAAGAGUUUUGUGAUGUGAGGGGUUACAUGAGAAUGUUGCCAUUGGAUUUACUCUCACAAACCACUGGCUUGUGUUUUUUUUUUUUUUUUUUUUUUUUUAACAAAAACACUUUACAGGGCAUAGGCCAUAACUUCUGUGGUUGAACAUUCUUUACAUCACCACUGGCAGUCUGGUUGAUAAUUUUAGAUAAGGUGACUGGUGAAGCAAGGUGCCACUUUUAGCAACCUUUUUAGUAAAUUUUUAAAAAAAAUAAUGCUGUAACCUAGACAACAUCAGUUACAAAGUUACAAGCAAUUUGACUUGGUGAAAAUGGCAUAAAGCUUGAAACUUUUGGAUCAAAUUUAUUUUUGCUUAUUUGGACUGUUAUAUGUGUUAUGUAACAGUGUUUUGAUUUUAAUGUUUGAAAUACCAUGGUUGUUUAUAUAACUGAAUAAGAGAUAAUACAAGAUUGUAUAUCAGAUGUUAAGAUGACUGCAUAAAUAAUAAAGAUACAGAUUGUUAAGGAACAAAGAAACAAAGACAACAAGACGUGGAUUAAAUGUAGAUAAAGGUAUAAUCUUUUUUUUUUUAAUACAUUGUUACUAAGAUAGAACGAAUACUAGGCUAUUAUUUUAGACAAAGAGAUCAUUUGUUAAAUGAAAUUCUGAUAUGAAAUAAAUUUUCGCAUCAACUAACCAAGGACACAAGCCUUGGUUGAUAGUCAAUCACAGCGAUAAAGGAGUCGAUACUUUUUAUACCUAAUGGUUUUUCUUUAAAUUGGACGCUAAUUUUUUUGUGCUAAAUGAUAGUUUUUUUAUUUGGGUUCUGGAAAGGUUUGUCAUGGUGUAUUAUAACCUUCAGCAAUUCCUCUUGUUUGGCAUGUUAGCAUGAUGUUUUUAAAAAUAUUCUGCAACUAAAGAUCUUAAAUUUGGUGUGAAGAAAAUGAAAUGGUAGAAGCAAUUGAAUAACAAAAAUUUUUCUCUUUUGAAAGUGUUUACCAAGUCUUUGGUAUAUGUGUCUUACAAGCAAGAUCUUUUCUGUUUAAAACCUUUUACACUGCCCACCAAAACUGUGGAAUUCCAUUACCAGAAAGAACGGUUGUGUUGAUAUUUUCCACAACCCAAUUUUUAUGUAAAGUAACGAUAUAAAAUAGUUUGAAAAAACAAAAAUUGUAUCAUUAUUAAAUUGAUAUUUUAUGGUACUGUUUCUGUGGUUUUACUUGUUUGUUAUCCAGUAUGUACUAAAACGUGAUUUCAAACUGAAGACAAAUGCAUUAAGUGUCGUCAAUUCGCCCAUAAGCCAAUAGACUAUUAAGUCGAUUGGCUCAUGGACGAUUUGUUGACAGCUUUGGCUUAGCCCAUUGUUUUUAUGGGUACAUUGUUGGUUGCAAGGUAAUCAUAUUAUUCUUAUGAAAAUUCAUGUUUUUUUUUGUACUACAAAAGAAGAAAUUUACUGCACAUGUAUUGUUGAACUCUGAUGUAAAAUGGUUGGUUUACAGUGCCAGACAAGUCACAGACUUCUAAAGCCUUUACAUUAUUUACAGGACAUCGCCCUGACCACGUAUAACAUUGUGACAUUCUUGAGUUUACAUGUGGAGCUUUGGUCACUGGCAUGAAAUCAUUUAUUUCACAACGUUAUAUAUGCCAAUUGUGGUGGGCAAGGGCAAUAACCCUUGAAUCAAAUGUUCUGUAAUACUGCAGUUGACAGGAAGCAAUUUGUUUUUAUAAAAUAAGCAUGGGUCCUAAUUAGUACAUUCAUAAACAGAGUAUUGUAUGCUGGUAGUGAAGAAGUUCAUGUAGAAUAAAACUUAAGGAAUGAACUAUUGGCAUUCAUAUAUUAGUGUUACUUUUGUCAUAGUCAUAACACUCUGAGGGGAAAAUAAGCAAUCAUUGUAAAAAAAAACAUAAUGUUGAAGUAUUUUAAACUGUCAAAUAUGCUCUAUCCACUGGUAAUUAGAAUUGGCACAGCCAGUUUUAAACCAAGGAUGAAAAUAUCUGAAUCAGUGUCAUAUUAUACAUCACUAUUGUAUAACAUGUCAUUUUCUCAUUUAUACCAUGCUCAUCAAUGUAGACAAAUUUUAGUCAAUAAAACAAGCCACAA